AUGCACAACAAGCAGCCGUACGCCAUCCCGGUGAGCACCUCCGGCACCCAAGCCGGUCCCCCAGUGCUCUUUCGAAAUCCAAAUCGGCACAAGAGAGGUGGCUACGGCCCUGGCACAGCUGACGGGCCGUCACCAAGUCAGCCACCGUUGCCCACGGGGUCAUACAGCACAGGUGAUCGUGGCGUCUUUCCUUCUGAGAGCACCACCACGCAUCGAAGCAGUCGCUCUCGGAGCAACCCCUCCGUGUGCUUCAUAGACACACCGGCUGACGAUGCGGAUAACGGCGACCUCGUGCAGCUCCCGACGGCUACGGUAGCGGGAGCCGUAGCACCGCAGCUGUCGAUUCUGCGGACAAGUAGCAGCCUUAUUCGUGCCCUCCCGUCGCUUUUCGACUUUGAAUACGAGUCACCGCACACCCCACGGCAGUCUCCGGCAGAGCCGAAACAAAACCUACCAGCCGCCGUGGUAAGCUCCCAGAGCGAAGAGAAGAGCGCCGAGGGCGCCAAAGAAACAGACAGUCGCGCUUGCCGUCCUCGUAUGCCGUCUGUAACGGCGGUGCCGCCCUGUCUUUCGUUGCCUUCGCUCAACGCUCACCACCCACUGUGCAGUAACAGCGAUCUCGCCUUGCGCUUCGUGACGGACGGCGACGUGGGGGAUAUGGCUGCGCUCUGGUGGGCAGCGCAUCAGUUGCCGAUGCCCGAGGUCAAACAAGUGAAGCACUUGGAGAGUGUAACUCCUGAGACAGCUGCCAAAGAUGUACUGUCGGCCCCAAAGCAGUCGCCAGCCGUGAUACCCAAGAACACAGCGCACUCAGUACUGCGCCCGCCGCAGCCACCGUCAUCCGCGCUUGAAGCCCUGUCGAUGAGCGCCGUGAUACCGGAUGGGCCUUACAGCGCCCUGUAUACCUCCAACCAAGGCGUUACUCCAGAGAUAGAGUACCAGACUGACAAGGUGACGAGGGCCGCUUCGCAGGUGAAGGGCUGGGAUGCGGCAACCAUUACUACGCAGAAGACUGGUGCACAGCUUGAACAUCCUCCACGUACCAAGGAGGAGAAUAGCACCAGAACGCGGCGUGCCCAGCGCCUGCAAAAUCAUGCGUUGGAGGAAGAUAAACUAAGUCGAGCCACUUCGGACCUUACGCAGGCCUCGUAUACGAUCUCCUGCACGUCGUCACUGGACAGCCUCCCACUGAUGCGCAAAGAGGGCGCUGCAGAAGACGACAGCUGCGAAGUGAGCCGUCGGACCAUGCAAAGAGCGAUGGUCGACAUGGAGCCGAUCCGCCACAACGAACAAGCUGUCGACAUGGAGUCUCUCAUGGAUCUUUACUUCUUCUACGAAAGACAGACGUCGUCACCUGCUGGUGAUGUGAAUUCUACUAGCCCAUUGGACAACUACGACGAGGCCAGGUUUAACGCGUCUCCAGCUGCAGAUGAAGACGACAUGGAGAACAGCGCCAUGUUGAAGUCUCGAUCAUCAUUCAUGGACGACACAGUGACUCCAAGCCCGCAGUAUUCAGCUGCUAUCCCGAGCGGCACACCAGAGAAUGCGCUAUCGUUGUCGAGGGACUCGACCGAUGCAGGCUACGAGUACGUGAACCCUUCUACACCCAGAACUGUGAGUCUUGUUGGUGACUCUUCAUCUCUCGCUAUGGGGGGCUUCUCGCGCGCCUCGCUCCUUGAAGGUCAGCAUAUCGCAGCGCGCGCGCCACCAUCGCGCAAGGCGCGCAACUCAAUCGGGACGUGGAGAAGGCAUGCAGCGCUGGCUUUCCUGCAGCACUUCACCACAGCUGAGCAACUGAAGCCUAACCCUGCUGUCACGAUGGUAGAGUCUACCGUGAGCUGUGGAUUGGCAAGCAACAAGUUCGAGGAGUCGGUGGUUAGUGAAUCGCCAAGUUCACUUGGUGCGCUGACUCCGUCGCUGGCCGCAUCACCGCGAGACACACUUUGCUCAGACAGUGAGGACCUGCGCUCAUCCGUGAUGAGCGAAUUCGGGAACGACGACGAAAACGCAGGUAAGAUGGUCAACCCUGUUGAACCUCAAACCCUUAGCGCUCCCAAGAAGAGGCCCUCGCCACCGCCGCCCUCAAAUGGCCUCAAAACAGGGCAUCAGUGGCGGUGGUCAUCCAUCCGAGAGCGUCUGAUGCAACCACCGAUUCCAACAGUGCCGGGCAACAACGAGCGGCGACUCCAACGUUUGCUGCAGUGGUACCGCGCCACGGUCACGGCAAACAUAAAAGAGGCUCCUCAGAGCCGACGGGCGCGGGACUCGAGUGCCGCGCUUGAUACCUUGUACCUGCAUCGCCGCCCCAAGAAGAUCGCACAGUGA